AUGUCCAUCAGUUUGGAAACCAAGAUCCCAAUGUUGUGUGAGUUCCACUCAUACCUGUAUCAGCCAGAGUGGAGGUACAUGGAGAGCAAAGACAAGCACAAGCAAGUGUUGGAGGACUUCCCAACGAUCUCCUUGGAGUUCAGGAACCUGGCCAAGGUGUAUCAGGAUGUGAUCGCUGAUACUUGCCACAAGAUGGGACUGGGGAUGGCGGAGUUCUUGGAAAAGAGGGUCGAUUCCCUGCAGGACUGGAACAAGUAUUGCCAGUAUGCCAUUGGACUCUCUGUGAUUGGUUAUUCCCGUCUCUUCUCUGCAUCGGAGCUUGAAGACCCAAUCAUAGGACAGGACACAGAGCUUGCAACUUCCAUGGGGCUUUUCCUGGAGAAAACCAACAUCAUUCGUGAUUACCUGGAGGACCAGCUGGAGGGAAGGGAAUUCUGGCCCACAGAGGUCUGGAGCAGGUAUGUCAAGAAGGUCUCGGAUUUUGCCAAACCAGAGAAUGCUGACCUGGCUGUUCAGUGUAUGAAUGAAAUGAUUACAAACGCUCUCCAACACAUCCCUGAUGUCCUCAAGUACUUGUCCAGACUCAAAACCCAAAGUGUCUUCAACUACUGUGCUAUUCCACAGGUGAUGGCCAUAGCCACGCUGGCUGCUUGUUACAACAACAAAGAAGUAUUUAGGGGUAUAGUGAAGAUUCGGAAGGAACAAGCUGUCACUCUGAUGAGGGAUGCCACCAACAUGCAGGCUGUCAGAGCUAUAAUGUCCCAGUAUUUGGAAGAGAUUUAUCAGAAAAUCCCAAGCACAGACCCUUCUUCUAACAAGACCAAGGAGAUCAUUACCUCUCUUCAGAAAAUGAUUUUGCCCCAUGGCACAAUGGUGUCCUGUAAUGGUUACUCUGCCAUCUACCUGUCAGGUGCCAUGCUGUUGGCAGUGCUGGGCUGGCAGUAUCUGAGUGCAAUGUCAAAGGUGUCAAAGGAAUGCACCCAGGCCUGAGAGAACUGAGGGUGGCCAUGGGGGAUUGCACAGGCCAGUGGCUGGGCAAUGUUUUGGGUUGUGUACUUUGUCUCUUUCUUUUUGGGGUGCUGUGCUGCAGACUUCCUGGCCACCAUGUGACCUCUGAGACUGAUGCUGUGAAUGGAUCGCAAUGUCUGGAGGUGUCACUUGGCCCAGAAAUACUGAACAUAAGAAUGGCCAUUUACUGGGUCAGACCAUAGGUUCAUCCUGGCCAGUACCUUGUCUAAUGGGGUGCAUACAGGAGUUCUGGAAAUCUUUUAGGGAGGUGCUAUAACU